UCCUUUUCGCUGCACCUGCCACGAGGCUCUCCAGCAUUUCGGGCCUACCCAGCACUGAGCUCUAAAUGAGUGCCACUGAUGAGUUGAUGGUCCUGGACCCUUCACUGCAGGAGCAGGCAGUGAAUGUGAAGAAAAAGGAGAAUGUGAAGAAAAAGGUAGAGCGCAAGAAGGAGGAGAAGAAGGAGAAGAAGGAGGAGAAGAAGAAAAAGAAGAAGAGGAGGAAAAGAAAGAAGCAGCAGCAGCUCACAGACAAGUGGAAACACUCAGAGAAGACAGAUGCCGAGAACCCAGACCCAGCCUCGCUACGGCAGUGCCUGGGACCUAAGUGUGUGUAUCCCACCAGGCCAGGCUCCAAGUACUGCUCAGAUGACUGUGGCAUGAAGCUGGCAGCUGACCGCAUUUAUGAGAUCCUGCCCAAGCGCAUCCAGCAGUGGCAGAAGAGUCCCUGCAUUGCUGAGGAGCAAAGCAAGAAAGUGCUCGAACGCAUUCACCGUGAACAGCAGGACACCCAUGCCCGCCUGAAGUACAUGGAGUACCGGUUCCAUGAACUUGAGGCCAUCAUUCAGCACGGCAAGCAGCAGACAGUGUGCAGGGAUGAGGAGUAUUACCUGCAGAGUAACAAAGGUGGCAAGGAUGGUGUAGACCUGAAGAUCUUCUGUGUCUCCUGCGGGCAACCCAUCAAUAUGAAUGUCGCCCUGCGCCACAUGGAGCGCUGCUUUGCCAAGUAUGAGUGCAAAUCGUCCUUCGGGUCACUGUACCCCACUUGCAUUGAGGGGGCCACAAGACUCUUCUGUGAUGUGUAUGACCCACAGAGUAAGAGGUACUGUAAGCGGCUCCAGGUGCUGUGCCAGCACUCUCGGGACCCAAAGGCAGCAGACGAUGAGGUGUGUGGCUGCCCGCUAGUGCAUAAUGUCUUUGAGUUCACCGGUGACUUCUGUCGCCUCCCCAAGCGUCUGUGCAACUACCACUACUGUUGGGAGAAGUUGAGGCGUGCCGAGGUGGACCUGGAGCGCGUGCGUGUGCUGCACAAGCUGGAAGAGCUGCUGGAGCAGGAGCGCAACGUGCAUGCUUCCAUGACUAACCGGGCAGGCCUGCUGGCGCUGAUGCUUCACCAGACGACCCAGCACGACCCCCUCACCCCUGAUCUGCGUUCCAAAGAUGAAAACUGAGCUCUGCGCACCUAAGGUCCUACACCCAGUGCCCUGCAUGAGGGAGACACUCCAUGAAUUCCUCACACACCUAUCUUUCUGUCUGUUUCUUAGGGCAUCUUGGACGUUCUCCGUGCUUCUGUGUUCACCAUUUGGUCUCUUGACUCUGUCCUUAGGGGCAGGGUGUACUCAGAAUUCUCCCAUUUCUGUCCAUCCCUCCAUCUCUUUCUCCCUUGAACCUGGACAUGGUCUGCCCUCAUCUCCCACUGCUAGAGUUUCGUUCAUUAAUUUGGAACAAUAAGAGCUCUUAAUAUCCCCCAGUGUCCCCUAAACCUGUAUCUGUGGCCACCAACUCAAUUCCAAACCAGCCUGGAUAGGACAGCCUGGAAAGGGCAGAAGAGCAGGGUGGUUGGGAGGAAGCCUGGGAAUUGUAAAUAUUCCCCACAUCAGAGGUGUUAAAAUGUUAGGGUGGGGGAUAGGUGAGUGCGGGAUAGUCUCCCUUGAUGAUUCCACUUUGGGACACUCAGGAGAAUUCAGAAUAUUGGGGCAGUCAUGCUUCUGCCCUCACCGAUCUUGUUCUGCCCUGGCUGGUGAGGUCCCAGCUUUCUGUCCACCUUGGCACCUGCUAAUCUCAUCUCACACCAGCCCAUCACAUUCUGGCUUCCUUCCCAGUACCCCACUCUGGAUCUGCUCUUUCCAGCCCGUCCUAUCCAUUGAGUCCCCAUCUGGCCAUGUCCAUUUCAUUCUUAUAAGGUGGUCAGAAGAGAACGAAGACCUUUGCCCCCUCUGCCUUUGCCGGUCCCAGCCAGGUUCCCUGUGCCUGUAGAGGUGUGUCCAGUAAAAUUGUCUCAGACAUUACACACUGGUCCAUUAGGGAUUUUUCCAUUAAUUUUCACAAUUACUCUUUUCUCAGGGACUCAUGUAUUUCACCUAAAUAUUUAAGUAUUGCUCUAUAGAGAUUUAUACCUCUUCUUCCACUAUAAGUUUAUAUUAUGACCUCUUGUUUACCAUCACCUUUUAAUGCAAUAUUUUUUCUUUCAUUUCAAUUUGAUCAGAUUUGCCAGAGGCGAA